AGUACACCCACACCAAGUUAGGGUUUCUCGAGAGUUUCAGGAGACUAUGACACUCAGACUAAGUUACGUCGUCAAUUCGACAAAAUAGACGCGCUAUUUUCGACGAGUAGCAUUACUGUCGACGCGACGAAGGGUUGAGACGAUGUAACCUGGGACCACGCGAGCCACGCUCGAGCGGUAUUGGUGACGCCCGCGAUACAUGCCGCCUGGAACUCCCGCAGCAAGAGGAGAUACAAAGUGCCCUAACUACUAGAUUACUUUUGAGUCGACUCAAAGGUGACCUACAAAAGAAUACUUAUCUUCCUGACCUCUGCCAAAACGCCUCAUCGCAGAAGCCGAUAUUUACUAUUCGCAUCCCUCGUCGACUGGCCCUCUCUCCAACAUACCCCUUGGGCAUUUUACUCUCCCUUUCGCGCAUACUCCGUGCUCCAAUCUUCCCUCUUCCUCAAGCGUGGCAUCUCUUCCCGUCACCUCACCCUCUCCCCCGUCCGAAAUACCUCCCUUGUUUCCGUUGCUCUUCCAUUGUAGUUUCCCAUCAUCUCACCCUCUACCCCACCCCAAUCCCCCCUUGUUCCACACCCCUCGCCCCUCUCCCCCUGCUCUCCCGGGGAGCGGCCGAGUGGACUGCAGCGGGUGCUGUGGGCAAGGGGAUGAGAGGAGGGUUCAAGAGGGGGGGAGUGGUGGGUGUGUUUGGGGAAUGGGGUUGGGUUGGAUUGGGAGAGGGUACAGUUUAAAAAUCAGGUUCAACCUGAUUUGGUUGAGGAGAAUAGUGGGGGCGAAGUCAGAAGUAGGGCACCCAGUAAGGAGAGCAAUUGAGGGGAAGGAAAAUCAGGGGAGGUGGGACGAGAUGGUGCCACCUCUGCUCUUCCUCCAGCCCCUUUCUCCUUCCGCAAACCUCUCCCUCCAACCCCCUCACGUCCCUUUGGCAUUCCUCGCCUUUUCGCCCAUCCACCAUACCCGUUUCCCCCUCUCCCUUCCUGUCCCCAGGCCCUCCUCACCUGACACCCCUCCGCUGAUUGCUAGGAAGAUUGGAAAAGGGUGGGGAGAGUGGAGUGGGGCAGCAGACUCUGAAGCAGCGCAUCCAGUAGGGAGUGAGGGGAAGGGGAAGGACAAGCAGGAGAGUUGGGUGAAGGGCUAAGUCUAGGAUUGAGGGAAUGGGGUGAGAGAAGGUAGAAGGAGAAUGGGAGCAGGAGAGGAGUGAAGCGUGUAGGUGGAGAGGGAGGAUAUAAAACCAACCAACCCGCCCCUCUCGCCUCUUGCUGAUCACCUCUGAUCCGCCAUCUAGUAUUUGCCCUGCCAUGCCAUGCUUGCCCAGCUCCUACUUUCCGCUCCUCCCUUCCUCCUUGUCCCUUGUCCCUUCCGAGUACCAACCAGCCCAUCUCCCCUCUUACUGAUCCCCCCUCGUCCUCCAACCAGUAUUUGCCCUGCCUUGCUUGACCAGCUCUUCCCGUACGCUCCUCCCUCAUCCCUCCUUCCCACCCUCUCCCCCCUUCCCCCCGCCGAGUUUCCCUUCUCAGCUCCUACUUUCCGCUCCUCCCUUCCUCCUUGUCCCUUGUCCCUUCCGAGUACCAACCAGCCCAUCUCCCCUCUUACUGAUCCCCCCUCGUCCUCCAACCAGUAUUUGCCCUGCCUUGCUUGACCAGCUCUUCCCGUAUUGGUCCUGCAGGGCACCAAUCAGGAUUCAGUCGAGAUUGAGCGUGGAAGCAAAUAAUACACCUAGAAAAAGUCGGUAGAAAGUUCUCUGGCCCUUAACGCAACUGAGGGGUUGACGCAUAACAAGGCGUAGAGUUAUUUGCUGCCCCUGGCACUC